CAUUGGCGAAGUGUUGACGAUGCAGAGCAGUUACAAUAUAAUAUCCCAUGUCGGAUCCGGGACUUUUGGAAAGGUUUUCAAAUGUAAACAUGUCUCUAGUGGAAGACUCGUAGCAAUAAAAGAACUUGUAAGAGACAAAUUUCGUGAACAAGUACUUCUAAAUGAAGUGGACAUAUUAAAAAAACUCACGAGAAAUGGAAUUCAAGAAAAUAACUUUAUCAUGCAGACCUUGGAUAUUAUUGAAGAACCAUCCAGAACUUGUCUCGUGUUUGAAUUACUAGAUAAAAGCUUGUAUCAGUUGAUGAAAGAAAGGAAAUUUCUUCCAUUACCAUUUUACGACAUCCGCAUCAUUGCUUAUCAGCUCUUUAGUGCCCUACAGCGAUUAUUUGAAUUGAACUUGUUGCAUACUGAUAUAAAGCCAGAGAACAUAAUGCUAGUUGAUCAUAGGAAGUGGCCGUUUAGAGUAAAGAUAAUUGACUUUGGAUCUGCAAGUAGAUUGAGCACGGCCAGGAUUUAUCAUGCGCCAUACAUACAAAGUCGGUUCUACAGAUCACCUGAAAUACUUAUUGGAAGUAGUUUUUCCGAAGCAAUUGAUAUGUGGUCUGUUGGUUGCGUGCUUGCUGAAAUAUGUAUCGGCCACCCACUCUAUCCAGGGACAUCUGAAUACGACCAGAUCCGUUAUAUUGAAGAUAUGCAAGGUGAUUUUCCAUGCAAUAUAUUGAAAAACGGUCGAAAAACAGAAAAAUAUUUCAUCCGAGUACAUCAUCCAAAGUGUGAAAAGCAAUUUAUGUGCAAGCCAAAUACACUCAGAGACGAGUCCAACUAUUCAGCAUGUAAUUGUCCAUGGAGACGCAAGAACAUAUUUGAAUACAAAAAUGAAACGGGAAAGGAUCCAGCAGAGACAAGAAAACUCAAAUUUUCCAGUCUUUCUCAUCUUGCACAGUGGCGUCGAUAUCAUACCAAUCAAACUACUCCAACAUACAACGAUUCUAUUCAACACUGUGACAGCCUGAUGUUCGCCAAUUUACUUGAGAAAAUACUGGCACUCGAUUCGUCCCGAAGGAUAAAGCCUUGCCAAGCGCUCUUUCACGAAUUUGUCACCGCUACACAUUUGUCCUGGUAUGACACCAGAGCAGAAUAUAUCAAAAACACGGAUGAAUCAUCUUUAAAGGCAUUUGGAAUUCCUUGGAUAAUCCGAAACUAUUCUCCCGCAACUUCAUUUUACAAUCCAUUCUGGGGGAUGCUCGGCCAAUCUUUACAGUGUAAUUUUUGGCCAGGCACACAAACUAAAUCGCAUACGUCGAUUACCAACGAAUUGACUACUGCGGCGAUGAGUGGACAUGAAAAUGCCCACGGACCGUCGGGUAUGCAAAGUUAUUCGAUGAAGAUAAAUCAAACUACUGGAUGCCCACGUGUUAUUGGCGACAGCAGAUACACAGCGGAGACAAACCAGGUUAACACGAACGCCGGUGGAUUGGGACCUGACGGAACAAUUGCAGAGCAAGAAAGGACUGUUAUGAACCACUCAGAUGCCUCAAACAACACUGUAUAUUUUCCUUCGUCGACGAUACAACAUGUUAACCAUCCAUCUGAUAACAUGUAUAACUUCUAUGCACCGUACGACGGCUUCCAGGCAAUACGUGCGAAUCCGUCGGGACCACCUGAAACAUAUGACAGUGCAAUUUUGUUCUCAUUGCCUCAGAAUGAUGAACCCAAUCAAAUUUGUUACGACAAGACAGCGGCAACUCAUAAACAAGCUCCUAUAGGAACAAAGAAAUGCAGAACAGUCAUAAAGAACUCAGAUGAGAGAUUCCAAAAUCAGCAUACUUCUUCAAUUGCUCAACAAAGCAGGAAUAUCGACUUUACUUUGAGCAGUACCGUUCAUGAUGUCAACAAAGUUUUUGAUCAAUGUCGAGUUCCCUAUCCAGAAGGAUAUUAUGAAGACAAGCAAUAUGAAAGAAGCGUGGAAGCCGUGACAACGCCAUUAUCUGUUGCGUGUUCACAAGACGUUGCAGCAUACCUUCAGCUACAAAAAUAUCCCGGAACCGGUCAUUGAAAUACUUUCCGUUUAAUCAUAACUACGACAGCGUUCAAGCACCAGAAGCCGCACGAUAUUUUAUAUCCAAUGAAUUUCUAUCCGGCCAUUACGAUUUCAAUGAACAUAAAAUUUCAUAUAAAAAAAUAAAUAAAAUACAAAAUGGGGUGUUACUUGUACCAGAUUUAAGCCGAUUGGUAUUGGAUAUGACAAAUAAUGUGUGCCGUAGUUAUUUUGGCGAGUGAGUAUUAUUCGAUGUUAAUUGCAAGUCCACAAACGUCCGACCUCCAGAAGUAUGUGCACGAAGAUGGCGCACAACCUGAAAAUAGUAUGUGUACCAGGUUGAGGUUUAGGCUGUGCGCAAUCUUAUACACAUACUUCGGGAGCGCCCAAACGUCUAUGGACAAUAUACCAAAAAAGGGUGUUAUAGAUAAGGGCGAUUAGAACACUCACAGCAAAGACAUACUAAAAUCUCAGGUUGGAAUGUAAAACACCAGUAUGGUUACCUUACUCCUGAUUUAAGAGUGGGACCCGCUGUUAUUUUUCAACAAAAGAUCGGGCUUUGCCAUUCCAUAUUUGCACAAUCUGGCAACUCAAGCUGACCUCUGCACUUACCAUGCAAUGUUUAUAAGGUUGUCGCCUAGAGUCGAAAUCUAUUAGGUUUCUUGAAAUAUAUCAGUAUGAAAAGUAAAUUUAUAAUUCUCAGAUCAAAAAUCUACAGAGACGAACGGUAAUUAGUAGAGAAGUGU